CUCAAUCUUUUGUGAUUCUAAACGCAAUAUAGACCAGGCCUGGAAAACCCAUGGUGUUCAGUAAGAAAAGGGUUGAAGGUUUGAGGAACGGAACUAGCACUCGCAAGGGAUUGGUCGUGAUACAACUCAAACCAUGAAUACGCCGCUCGGUAAGGUGGCAUUGUGCAAAGUCACCACACUAGUAUGACUCUCCCAACGCUUUACGCUUCGAUUCUACAAAAACCCAAAGAUCCCGAUAAGAUCCCAUAUACACUGGCACAUACCCCGGAAACAUGUUAUACUUUCACCGUGCUUCAACGCUUCCGUGCCCGUCGACCCUUUCCUUAUCUCAAUGAAUGCAGGAUGCAUUAUAUUCCAGUAGACCGCGCAGGGACUGCCUCGGACGGAUAACCUAGCAAUAAAAAGGAUUCCGUGAACGUAAAAAUGAUUUUGUUAACGAUAUAUUAUAACCUUUUAGAUAAAUUCAAGAUCCAUCUAAUAACCGUCAUACUUGUCC